GUCUUGUUUGUGACCAUUGAAUUAAAACUACAGUAAAGCACGACGGUUUACGACAGUGCCCGUCGAUGUCCGGUAACGUAAAGUGCUUAGGGACUCAAACAUGUGGCGUGAGAAGUAGCAGAAACUGAAGCCUCCGAUGGAGAACUACAGUAAAGCUCGGACGGUGGAGCAGCCCUCUGUCUGUCCGUUCCCCGGACUUGACCCUGACACGCCAGAGGUCCGGGUCAGAGACGGCAGCAAGAUCCGCAACCUACUGCGAUACGCCCUGAGCCGCAUGGAGACCAAAUCCAGAGCAGCUGAAGAGACGGGACGCCUGGCGCCAGAGGAGGGAGGCGUGGCUGUGGAGGGACAACAGGAGGCACCGGUCCAGCCCCUCUGCAAACAGAUCAUCUUCACGGCGAGUGGUAAAGGCGUCUCCAAAGCCAUCACCUGUGCUGAGAUCGUGAAGCGGCGCGUGAAGGGGCUCCACCAGCUCACCCGGCUGCUGUAUAGCACCGUGGUCGAGGUGUGGGAGCCGCUGGAGCCCACCGCCGGCCUCGACAGUCUGACAGUCAACAGGAAGCUGCCCGCCGUCUGGAUCCUCCUCUCCAGAGAACCACUGGACUGUGGCCAGCCCGGUUACCAGGCCCCCGGGCGAUAUGACGCCCUGUGGGUUCAGUCUGCAAACAGAGAUGAGGGGGGAGGCAUCCCCGCACAGAGACCAGGACACAGGAGGAAGAGAGGGGGAGGAGGCGGGGAAGGCAAUGGUGGAGGCCGAGGCAGAGGGAAGGGUCUCGGACGUAAGACUGGACGAUCCAGAGAUGCAGCUAAAUGAUGUUGAUUUUCACAAACUGCACGAACAGGAAAGACUGAACGCAGAAGCAGCAGGAAGUGAAAUAAGUGACGUUUUAUCAGCAGGAAACAAGUCAAAACUACAGGAAGUCGACAUGGACACAAAGAACAGUCACAAGUUUGCUUCAAUGAACUCAAGGUUUCAGUUUAUUAUUAUUUUAUCACCUGACUGAAUUUUAUUUUCAUUCUUGGAAACAGAAGCAAACAGAAGCUGUUUUUGAGAAAACAUUAAUUUCUCAGUUAAACCAUAAAAAGUCGAAGCCUUCGUCAGUCACAUUCGUCUGUGACGGAUCAAAUCCAACUCUGCUAAAUUUAAUGAGUUAAUAAAAGUCUUCAAGCAGAAAUCUGUGAGUUGUUUUUAAAUGUUUCAGGUGUUUAAAAAUGUUCAUUUGAUGCAGAUUGUUGUUUCCUGUCUGUUGAAACACGUUUGUACAAUAAACAGACUCUGAAAAUAACAA